AUGUAUCUAAAACUUAGGCUGAGAGAGAUGCUUUGCACAGAAGAACAAGGGUACUAUUAUGAGACUACAGACAAGUCACAAAAAAUGGACGAAAUGAAAAUGAAAGAAAUGAAAGAACGUGUUGAUUUGCUGAAGCGACAAAGAGAAGAAGAAAGAUUGAAAAUUGUUCAACAGAAGAGGAUAGAGCAAUACAGAGACCGAUGUCAAGAACUUCGACCAUCACUCAUCAAAAAACAUCUGAUCGAGACCAAAAAUUGCCAGCUUCAACAAAUUCGAGAUAAUGAAGCAAGAAGGGAGGCAGAGAGAGAACUGGAUAAGAUGUGGCAUGAUUUGUCUUUCAAAGAAAUGCAAGCAAAGACGGACCGAGAACAACAAGAAGUGAUUGGUCGAAAGCAAAAUCAACAAGAUCUGCAGAAUAUUUGGGAAAAACAAAUCAGAGGAAAGGAACUGUUGAAAGCAGAAGAAGAAAAAGUAGCUCAAGAAGACAGAUUAGAAAUGCAAAAGUUACGCGAACAGUUGCGAAGGGAAGAAAUAGAGGGUUUGGAUUCAAAACGAAGAAAAAGAGAUAAAACUGCGAAAGAACUUUUGGAACAAAUCGCCAAUCAGGAACAGCUACUAGCCAAAAGAAAACAGGAAGAGGACUCGGUGGAUCAAGCUUUUACCAAGUUAGCUGAGAUAGAGAUAGAACGAGAGAAACAAGCCGUUCAGGAUUUCACAAUUCAAUACAGAAGGGAAGCUGCCCUCUACAGAAAACAUCUACAGGAACUCGAAGAGGAACGGAAGAAAGAGGAAAAGGAGUUGAAUGAACUCUUGAACAUACAUCGCAAAGAAAUUGAGAGAAAGCAGGAUGAGGCGAAAUGUAAACUGGCAGAAGCAAAAAUGAAGUUGCAAAAAGAUGUCUUACAAGGGAGAGCUGAGCAACUUGUUCACAAACGACAGGAAGCUGAAAACCAAUUGAAACUGAAGCAAGCUGAAAACGAGUUACUUCGAAUGGCUUUCGAAAUGAACGAACGCCUCCAAGCUGAAAGUGAUCGUUUGGAAGCUGAGGCAGUAAGACAGUACAGAGAAGAUCUUCAGAAACAGAUUGAACACAACAACGUUUUGAGGGAGCGAGAGAGACAAGAGCUGGAACGUCAACUGGAAGAAGGACGAAAGGAGGAAGAGAUGUAUAAUAAAAUUGUUCAGGAUAUGAUCAAAGAGAAUGUUCAAAAUGACAUGAAACAUCCAUUCAGAAGGGUCCUUGAAAAUUAUGACUGUCGAUGUAUUUCCAAUAAGCCGUUAUAAAUUGAUUGAAUAAAAUAUGAAUGCUUGUCUA